AUGCUUUUCAAGUCUACCCUCCUCUUGCCCGCACUCCUUGCUCUUAGCCUCGCUACUGCUGUCCCUGGUCCUGAUGUUGAAGAGGACCUUGCAGCCCGUGGUGCAGAAUUCGGAGACAAUGUGGAAGAUCUCGCCGCCCGUGGUGCAGAAUUCGGAGACAAUGUGGAAGAUCUCGCCGCCCGUGAUAGAUCCCCAGAUUGCGGUCGCUUUGCGUCUUAUAACUCAAAGCAACAUUUGCUGUCAGAGGGACUAUUUUUACGACCACCGUUCACACAGAUGCUGCCGAAGGCGAGACUACGAUUUCAAGCGUUCGAGGUGUCGCUAAACGAUAUUGUCAGCCUUGACGGAUCUGCGGAAACGAAAUCGAAGAUGGAUACGUCAGCAACCCGAGUCAACUUUAGACCAAACAACAUUCAUUACUUCACAUUAAAAUAA